CCGGCCGACCUGCCGGCCGGCUGCCGUCCUCCGACCCUCACGCGCACUGCGUCGCCGCUCCGCACUGACUGGUCCCCGCCCCGGCAGCAACAGGAAGAGGCGGAGGAAGAGGUGGGGGGGCUGCAUGUGUUUCCCCGUUCGGUGAUGCGAUCAGCGGGGAGGCUCUGGCUCAGGAUCCGCUACGUCAGGCAGAUUAGUCAAAUAACCUCUCGGGGUAGGACAUACCUCUUCCUCCUCAUCCUCCUCCUCCAGCCCACCCGCCUCGGGCUUGCCUUGCUUGCAUGAGUGAGACAGACAGACAUAGAGACAGACAGCGCUGACGGACAGCCAGAAAGCUGGGAGAGAUACCAAAAAGUGCACCACUUUUCUUUUUCUUUUUUCUUUUUUUUUUUUUUUUUUUGAGGGGGGGUUGGGUGAGACGAGUGCUGUUGAUCCUCCGGCAGCGUCUCCUCCUCAUCUCCAUCCUCCUCCCUCCUCCUCUCAUCCUCUGCUCUGCUCUGCUCUGCUCUCCCGCCGAGCCCGGCGCGAAAUGGCGAAAGAAAACGGCGAGUCCAGCGACGGGUCCUGGAAGAAGCACGUCGAUGACAUCAAGAGCAUCUUCGACUUCAAGGAAGUCCUCGGAACUGGUGCGUUUUCUGAGGUGGUGAUGGCUCGCGAGAGAGCCACAGGAAAGAUGGUGGCCAUCAAGUGCAUCCCCAAGAAGGCGCUCAAGGGCAAGGAGACGAGCAUCGAGAACGAGAUCGCCGUGCUCAGGAAGAUCAAACAUGAGAAUAUUGUGGCUCUGGAGGACAUCUACGAAAGCUCCAAUCACCUGUAUCUCAUAAUGCAGCUGGUUUCUGGUGGCGAGCUGUUCGACCGGAUCGUGGAAAAGGGCUUCUACACAGAGAUGGAUGCCAGUCGGCUAAUUCGUCAGGUCCUGGACGCCGUCAACUAUCUUCACUCCAUGGGCAUAGUGCACAGGGACCUGAAGCCCGAGAACUUGCUCUACUAUAGUCCUCACGACGACUCAAAGAUCAUGAUCAGUGACUUUGGCCUGUCCAAGAUGGAGGGCACAGGAGGCGUCAUGGCCACCGCCUGCGGGACGCCAGGAUAUGUCGCUCCUGAGGUUCUGGCGCAGAAGCCGUACAGUAAAGCAGUGGACUGCUGGUCCAUCGGAGUCAUCGCUUACAUUCUGCUUUGCGGCUACCCUCCGUUCUACGACGAGAACGAUUCGAAGCUUUUCGAGCAGAUUCUGAAGGCAGAUUACGAGUUUGACGCACCGUAUUGGGACGACAUCUCCGACUCUGCCAAAGACUUCAUCAGCUGCUUAAUGGAGAAGGACCCUGAAAAGAGAUUCACAUGCGACCAGGCUCUUGAGCACCCCUGGAUUGCUGGAGACACUGCUCUGUGCAAGAACAUACAUGAAUCUGUCAGUCGACAAAUGCGCAAAAACUUCGCCAAGAGCAAAUGGAGGCAAGCGUUCAACGCGACAGCUGUGAUCCGCCACAUGAGGCGUCUGCAGCUCGGCACCAGCUUCGGAAGCAGCAUCCAAAGCGCCACGGCUGCGGCGAGUUCUCAGAGCCGAGCGCCGGCCAAGAGCCAGUCUGUGGACUGCGCCCCGCUCUCUCUGAAGGACUGUUCCCCCAUCGCUCCUCUUCCAUCCGUCGUCAAAGUGCACAACCAGGACUCUGACCUCCCUGUGUCCCUGGAGGAGCCCCAGACGGUGGCCGAACCCGCUCGGCCGCGCCCCUCCACCGUCACGGUCAUCCACACUGGGACUAAAUGACGCCAGGUUCCACGGGAGGUGAGCUGGGAGACCACCGAGCUUUGAGACCGCAGUCGAGGGGGUCUCACAACGCGACACGGUCGCCCAGUUUUUCCACCCCGCCGCCUCCCGUCUGCUGACGCCGAAACCCCGAGGCAGGAAAUUUGAGGAGCCCUGGCUCGGCCUCGUUUCGCACGGCACUGCUUCCCCUUUACUUCACACAGACAUGGAAGUUCAGAUGAAGGUGGGGGGAGAAGGGAAGACUCACCCGAAGCUGCUGCUGCUUCCGUGGAGACGACGGUUCGUCUGGCAGGCGAUCAAACAAGCGGCUGCUGAGGGAGCAACGGGACCAGAGGGAGCUCUCUGCUGGAGCUUGACUGUGAAAAGUCGUUCCGCUGUAUGCCUUGUUCAUGCUGCCUGGAGCCGUGCUGUAGAGUCAUGUCAUGCAGGUGAAACGUAUAAGCUUCAAGCUGUGGUUAAUAAUCGUGCCAUCAUCUGCACUCUGAACCUGCUGUUGUUCAGGCGGCUCUCCUGUCCAAUCCGCUGUGGUGUUUCGCUGUGACGGCUCACGGCAUCAUAACUUCCAGCAGUAUGGCAGUCGGUGUUGUGUCUGUGCUUUAUUUUAUUUGAUUUUUUUCAAAGUUCGGUUAACAAUCAAAGCAGGACAAUCUGCAUCGGUCAUGGCUGUGAUUCCAGAGAGAGAGAGACAGAGAGUGCAAACGAUUGAUUAUCAAUUGGGAAUAUUUAUUUUCCUAUAUUACAUAUUAUGACUUUUUGUAAGAAUAUGAUUUGCUGAGACGUGUAAAUGUUUAUUAAAACUGGACUUGCAGUCAUUGCCACAUAAAUACAGUAUCUAAUAGAUGUGACUUUGUAAUUGCUGUUUUAUUUAAGGAGUUUCGAUGUGACUGUAAAGUCCUCCUUCAUCCACAGGAGGGCGCUUUAUGAGUUCUCAGGGAUCUGCAGGGAUGUGUGCUUGAAUCUAACCAAACGCCUCUGUGUGAUCAAUCACAACUGACUCAUGCGACUCACUGAAAGAAUAAAAAAACACCUAAAUCCAGCUUUUGAUCCCCAAUGUGCCACAGGGAUAGAUGUUUACUUCCUGACACUAUGUUUCUUCUUGGUGAACCUUGAACCUUGACGGGAUGUGGAGAACAACCAGUAAUGUGACGGUAUUCUGCUUCGUUUUGCUCCCAUUGCAGUGGUGCAGUUGAGGUUUCGUGCCCCGCUUCCGCUCCUGAAGAGGCCGCUCCGGGAACAGCUCGACUCUGUGUUGAAUCACUGUGCUUUUCAUACCAGCCUGUUGAAUUUAGCUGAAGGACUCCGUCCUCACCCCCCGUCCCCUCCUGCUCUGUAAAAACUGCCUCUGACAGAGAAGAGAAAAGGGUUCAUCUCUGCAUUUUCUUUGUGCUUUCUCUGCUUAACUUUAAUCACUCAAGAUGAAUGUGGAAUUAAAUAUAUAUAUAUAAAAAAAAGCAAACUAGAAAAGUAACAAGUGCAUGGCCAGUGUAUAAGGUUUUGCCGCCCUUUAAUGACAAAAGAUGUGGUGAAUAUCAAAGAGUUUGGACGUAUACUCACUGUAAAUACAAAACCUCUACAACAUUCA